AUGGCUCCCAUUUCAAAUUACGAAAAUGUCGAGCUCAAGACAAUUGAUGGCACUACUCUUAGAGGAUGGCUUGUCGAUCCGCGUCUCAUAUCACUCUGGGGCAUGUCAUUCGGGGGAACUAUUAGUGCAUGCGCCGCUGCCGUUGAUCGUCGAGUGAAAGUACUGGUCAUGGUCUGCCCCAUUUUGAGCUUCUUCAAGCCGGAAAAGCGUGAAAGGGCAUUUGCACAAUUGAUCAAAGACCUGCAAUCCCAGCUGCGUGGUAAUGAAGCCUUCACCCUUCCGCCAUUCAACAGUAGGGGCGAGAAUCCAAUUGGAAUGGCCGGCUCGGGUGGUCCGGGCGGAGUUGAAGCUUAUGGAUUCAUGAAUGCCGUUAUCGAUCGGGGUGCGCCAAAUUUCCGAAACCGCAUCACCCUCCAGAGUUAUUAUAAGUUAGCCAUGUGGCAGCCUAGAAAGUUACUAAAAUUGGUUGAUGUCACCCCUGUCAUGAUGGUUACGCCGGAGCUCGAUGCCAUGUCACCUCCGUAUGAGCAGAUUGAAGCUUUUGAAAAGUUUCAGCAACCAAAGAGAUUCUUCUUGGCGAAAGGAAAAGGGCAUUUGACAGUGCUAAGUGGGGAAGGUUCAGAUGAGAUCCUGGAUUCUCAAAUUGAUUUCAUCAAGUCCGCAUUAGAGGGAACCCUGAAAACCACUAGCUAA